AUGACAGAAAGUACUUCGUUGAAAGUCGGGGUCAUCGGCCCGGCUGGUUUCGGUGGCUCGUACCUCUGCGUGGAGCUCAUCAACCGCGGCCAUUAUGUCGUCGGUUUAUCUCGCAACCCUCAAAAGUUGGGAUCGCAUGAUCUAUACGAACCGCGAAGUAUCGACCUUGACACUCAGAGUGAAGUGGACCUCGCAAAAGCGUUCAGCGAUGUCGAUGUUCUAGUCUGCGAAUACGGGCCUCAUACCGCUGGACACGAGGCGCUCAAGUACAUGCCAUUCAUUGAAGUAAUCAGAAAGAUUAUUUUGGCUGUCAAACGAGCCAAAGUCGGCUAUUUUGUCAUGCUGGGUGGCACGGGCAGUCUUCAUGUCCCUCACGAGGACAACAUGUGUGUCGCCGAUAGUAAAGACUUCUUUCUCGCCUACAGACGCGGUAUCGCCGAUAGCCACGCUCAUGUUACCUAUAUGGAAGAAAGGUUGGGCCCAUUAGGCUCGAAUCUCAGAGUCUACCGUAACGCACGCCUCGCGCUCCGUGGGAACAGCGAGGAAGAAAAAGACAAAGCAAAAGAUGUUAUCAAUGAGUACGAGGCCAAGUUGAAGCAGGGCGAUGCGGCGGCAGAAUUCAUCAAAGCAGCGAGAACGACGGUCAUGUUCUUUGACGGUAACAGAUCCUUUGACUGGACGUAUGUGUCACCGAGCGCUUUAUAUCGACCAGGCAAGCGAACCGGAAAGUAUGAGAUCACUACUAAUAACCUGCCUCUCAAAGGCGAACCUCAAGGCGACAAUCUCUUAGAGGGGCGUUUGUUGGGUGUUUCAGCCGCGGACCUAGCCAUAGCCAUUGCAGAUGAAGUUGAAACGCGAAAGUACAUUUACCAGCAUUGGAGUGCUACAUCUGACCUCUCAGAUGACGCCCCAGCCCCGUCGUAUCUCACGUUGGGUUGA